AUGUCCGGGCUUGAAAUCGUCGCCCUCAUCCCGGCCAUUGUCUCGGCUUUUGGAACAAUCUCAGUCGAGUAUCGCGAAUGGCGAAAACGCCGGGACGACCGCCGGAACCAGAGCAAGAAUGUUGCACUGCAGAAACUGCUGGCCGGCAAUGGGGACGCUGUCCAGGACGAAUAUGAGGAGGAUCUCCGGCUUCUGGGGCCGGUCUUUCGACGCGGUGAUAGCACCGGACGAGAGUCAUUAAUGCAGCACCUCGUCAUCCUCCAGUCGACGGUUAUUUCUCUCCUUCGCGACCGGCGCAAUGACAUGUCCUUCCUGGUCCAUCCGAACCACAAUUCAAUCAACAAAACAACCAAAUCCGCCCGAAACAGCAUUGUCACCACCUUAUCCGAACAAUACCAGCGCCUCUCCCAGGCCCGUCCAGUCGCACGACUGCCAGCUCCCACACACCAGGUCUCAAACUGCCUCGAAACGCUCACCUGCACCACGCGGAACAUCCCCUGCGAAGGCUUCUCGUUCGGCGGCGGCCUCGAAGUCGAAUUCAGCGACCUGGUUCUUCGCCGCUACAGCUGCGACGAGUGCGACUGGGAAGUUACCUAUGGGCCGGGUUCGGGGCGCAAAGGCCCCAAGACCAAGGACGGGCAGGUCCUCGAUUGGAAGACAGUCCUGGAUCGCUUCCAUUAUCGAGAUGAACUGAAGAAGCAGAAGAACGGAUACCGGUGUUAUCUUUGUGGGGAGGCGGACUUUGCGCCGUCAGGCCUGCGCAAGUUGUUUGGGCCCGCGGGCGUUUAUGAGGCCAUGUGGGAAAUGGUCGAGAUUCAUAUUCGGAAGAAUCACUACUUUGAGGAGUUUCGAUAG